AUGGUUAUAGAGAAGAAUGUCUCUGCAAUGAUCCAGCGGAGUGACCUCCCAUCAAAGAAGACCGACCCAGGGAUGUUCACACUCCCAAUCUCAAUUGGAGACAUUCAAGUGGAGCACGCAAUGUGUGAUCUAGGGGCUUCUAUCAAUGUACUGCCAUAUUCUAUAUACAAGAAGCUGGGAGAGGCUAAGUUUGUCGACACUGACAUCAUGAUACAGCUAGCCGACAGGUCUUGCAUUCACUCCGAGGGAAUUCUUGAAGAUGUGAUAGUAAAGGUGAACAACUUCCUGUACCCAGCCGACUUCUUCGUCAUCAAAAUGACAGAGCCAGCAGCCAAGGAGUCCAGCGGAGUCCUAUUGGGAAGACCGUUCCUGUCUACAGCCAGCACAAUAAUCGACGUCCGCAAUGGGACGAUCAGUCUGGACUUCAAUGGAGAACAAUUCACUUUCAACAUCGACGCAGCGAUGAAAAAUCCAAGGGACAGUGAGAACGUGCACUCGGUGGACAUAACCAAGCCUCUGGUGCAAGAGUAUCUAGAAGAGGAGUUCCUACAGAGACAAUUCACAGACUCCGCAGCAGACGAAGAGAUUGAGAAAGAAGUCGUUGAUUGGUACGAGGCUAUGAAGGUUGGCGAGAUAGAUGAUCAAGCCAUCACGAAAGCAGUAAUGGACUUCUGUGAGCGACCGCGGCCAGCUGGGUCAAGCGGGAUCGCUCAACUGUCAAGCAUCGAGAAGCUGCCUGAUCAAAGCACUCCACUGAGAAGAGAAGCAUACGAGAAUCCUCCGCCGAUGGAAGUACCCACGCCCACGAAAGAAUUGAAGCCCCUUACAGCGCAUUUGAAGUAUGCCUACCUGGGAGAGAAUGAAACGCUGCCAGUAAUCAUCAACAAACAGUUGACCCAGAGGUAG